AUGGCAGAACUUACCGCACAAGGAGUGGGGACGUCUACAAAGCAGGCCAAGCCUAUUUCUGAAGAGGCAGAAAAUGUUCUCUGGGAAAAGGGUCUCCUCGGCAACAAUACGGGAGAAUCUAUGUUAAAUACUGUCUUUUUCUACAAUUGCAAAAUGUUCGGACUGAGGGCUGUUGACGAGCACAAAACAUUAUCUGUUAACCAGUGGAUUGUAUCAAAGACACGUGAGCGCGAAAUCGAUAAGACAUCACUUCCAGGGCGAAAAAGUCUACAAUAUCUAUCAGGAAUACUUCAAUCUGGUGGUGAUUCAGAAAAUAACCGAUUUUACCGGCGACCAUUGGCAAAUGGAGAAAAAAACGAAAUACGUUUCAGUGUACAACCCACUGGAAUCAACAAUUUAUCUACAAUUAUGAAAAAUAUGUGUGACAAAGCCGGAAUUCCCGGAUUCUUUUCUUAUCAUUCUGGUAAGCGCACUUGCACAACCACUCACUACCAAGCCGGGGUAUCGGAACAGGAAAUCAUGGAACGUACAGGCCACAGAUCUAUUGAGAGUGUCCGCAAAUACAAGCGUCCGAGUGAGGAGAUGCUAUGUGAUAUUUCCAACGCAUUGGAACCAGAUGAACCGGUCAACAAAAAGGCAAAGUCCUUGGACGAAAUUGAAAAUCCAAACUAUGGAGAUUGCGAGUGUAAAAACACAUUUAACAACUGUCAAGUAUUGUUAAAUCGUUGA